CUUUAUUUAAUUAGUUUUUGUUUUUGUUUUUUGUUUUUUUUCUUCUUCUCUUCUCUGUAUAAAAGAAAUCUGAGCCAGCUAUUUCCAUUUCAACCGACACGCCAUUACCUUCACAAACUCAUCAAACUUGAAUAGAGGAACCAGAGUUCUUGAGAGAGAGAGAGAGAGAGAGAAGAGAGAGAACAAGUGAUCAUGGCCCUUGUAAAUGAAAUCAUGGGUUCUUCAUGUGUAGAGAGGUCCUCGUUUGUUUCUUCUUCUUUCUCAAAAGUGCUUCUACGCCAAAGUCUUCAACAGAAGCAGAACCGGUUCUUUGUUAGCCCUGUCUUUGUUCCAUUAGAAAACACAAGAUUUGUGAGGUUGAGGAAGGCUGCAAAGUUUCCUGUUGCUGCUAUCAGUGAGGAUUUAAUGAAGGACUCUUCUUCUUCUUCUUCUUCUGUGCCUGCAGAGAAACCAGUGAAAUUCAAGGUUAGAGCUGUUGUCACAGUGAGGAACAAGAUCAAAGAAGAUUUCAAAGAGACCAUUUUCAAGCAUCUAGAUGCUUUAACUGAGAUGAUAGGAAGAAAUGUUGUUCUUGAGCUAGUUAGCACUGAGAUUGAUCCAAAAACGAAAGCUGCAAAGAAGAGUAAUGAAGCAGUGUUGAAGGACUGGUCAAAGAAGUCAAAUGUUAAAGCAGAGAGGGUUAAUUACACAGCUGAAUUCAUCGUAGACUCGAGUUUUGGGGAGCCAGGAGCGAUUACUGUGACAAAUAAACACCAAAAAGAGCUCUUCUUGGAAAGUAUAACCAUUGAAGGAUUUGCUAGUGGACCAGUUCAUUUCCCCUGCAACUCAUGGGUUCAAGCCAGAAAAGAUCACCCAGGAAAGAGAAUUUUCUUCUCUAACAAGCCUUAUUUACCCGGAGAUACACCAGCUGGGCUUAGAUUAUUGAGGGAGAAAGAGUUAAGAAAUCUCAGAGGUGAUUGCAAAGGAGUUAGGAACUUAUGUGACAGAAUAUAUGAUUAUGACACAUACAAUGAUCUUGGAAAUCCAGAUAAAGGAGUUGAACUUGUUAGACCAACUCUUGGAGGGUCAGAAAUGUAUCCAUACCCAAGACGGUGUCGUACUGGUCGUGCCCCAUCGGAUACAGAUAUGUACGCUGAGAGUCGUGUGGAGAAGCCAUUGCCUAUGUAUGUGCCAAGAGAUGAACGAUUUGAGGAAUCUAAGCAGAACACAUUCUCUGUCAAGAGGCUCAAAGCAGUGUUACAUAACUUGAUCCCGAGCCUUAAGGCUAGCCUUUCUGCUAAUAACCAAGACUUUAAUGAAUUCUCAGACGUUGAUGGCCUUUACAGUGAAGGGUUGCUCAUUAAGUUUGGGUUACAAGAUGACGUUUUGAAGAGACUUCCAUUGCCAAACGUUGUCAGCAAGAUCCAAGAAUCCAGCCAGGGACUUCUUAAGUAUGACACUCCCAAGAUUAUUUCCAAGGACAAAUUUGCAUGGUUGCGAGAUGACGAAUUUGGUCGCCAAGCACUAGCAGGAAUUAACCCGGUCAACAUUGAAAGGCUCAAAGUUUUCCCACCCGUUAGCAAAUUAGACCCGGAAAUUUAUGGUCCACAAGAGUCUGCUCUUAAAGAAGAACACAUUUUAAGUCAACUAAAUGGCAUGACUGUUCAACAGGCAAUAGAGGAAAAUAAGCUGUUUAUUAUUGAUUAUCAUGAUGUCUACCUUCCAUUUCUUGAAGGGAUCAAUGCCUUAGAUGGUAGAAAAUCAUAUGCUACACGUACCAUUUUUUUCUUGACAUCCCUUGGUACUCUCAAGCCUGUGGCUAUAGAACUUAGCCUGCCUCCUGCUGGACCCAGUUCACGAUCAAAACGCGUAGUUACUCCUCCUAUUGAUGCAACUACUAAUUGGAUAUGGCAACUUGCCAAGGCCCAUGUCUGCUCCAAUGAUGCUGGGGUGCACCAACUUGUUAACCAUUGGUUACGCACACAUGCCUGCUUGGAACCAUUUAUAUUGGCAGCUCAUAGGCAAUUGAGUGCUAUGCAUCCUAUUUUUAAGUUAUUGGAUCCACACAUGAGGUACACGUUGGAGAUCAAUGCCCUAGCUCGCCAGAGCUUAAUCCAUGCAGAUGGAAUCAUUGAGUCUAGCUUCACUCCUGGUCGCUACUCUAUGGAGAUUAGUUCAGCUGCUUACAAAAACUUUUGGCGCUUUGACAUGGAUAGCCUCCCUGCUGAUCUCAUCCGCAGGGGAAUGGCAGUACCUGACCCAACACAACCACAUGGUCUAAAGCUUGUAAUGGAAGACUACCCUUAUGCAUCUGAUGGACUACUAAUCUGGUCUGCAAUAGAAAAUUGGGUUCGCACCUAUGUGAACCAUUACUACCCACAUUCAAGCCUCAUAUGCAAUGACAAAGAGCUGCAAGCAUGGUACUCUGAGUCAAUCAAUGUGGGCCAUGCUGAUCUUAGGCAUGAAAGCUGGUGGCCUACAUUGAACAACAGUGAGAAUCUUGUCUCCAUCAUUUCUAUUUUGAUUUGGAAUGCAUCUGCACAACAUGCUGCUCUUAACUUUGGUCAGUAUCCUUAUGGUGGCUAUGUGCCAAACCGUCCCCCAUUAAUGAGAAGGUUAAUACCACAAGAGAGUGACCCAGAAUAUACCAGUUUUUUAGCAGACCCACAAAAGUAUUUUCUCAAUGCAUUGCCUAGCUUGUUGCAAGCUACAAAAUUCAUGGCUGUGGUUGACACACUCUCCACUCACUCACCUGAUGAGGAGUACUUGGGAGAGCGGCAACAACCAUCGAUUUGGUCAGGUGAUGCUGAGAUCAUUGAGGCAUUCUAUGACUUCUCAGCAAAGAUAAGGCAGAUAGAGAAGGUGAUUGAUAGCAGGAACUGUGAUAGGACUCUGAGGAACCGUUGUGGUGCAGGUGUGUUGCCUUAUGAGUUACUUGCACCUAGCUCAGAACCUGGUGUUACAUGCAGAGGGGUUCCAAAUAGUGUGUCCACAUAAAAUUCCUAAACAAAUAAAUAAGGGAGUCACAUCCCACAUUUUGAUGAUAAGCACAAUGGUUGGCUUACUAGUAACUACUAUAUAGUCAGUUAUUCAGUGGAACAAAUGACCAUGCCCAAUUUGUACCUAGAUUUGAUAAAUGAUAUAGUAACUUAGGGUUGUAUAGACUGUAUAUCUUCAGAUCGAGUUCUCUGGUGUUGGAGGAUGUAUGACUGUUUAUAAGAUCAUUAUCACAGUCAGUGGUUUUCUUUUGUACUAUUUUUGGAGUUAUUGAUUGCAAAUAAUAGAGAACAUCAUCCCAAGCGAGGCAUUCAUAGACAAAUUGUACUAAGUAUUGUAUAAUUUUGUAGUAUAAAAAUUUCUAAAC